CUGAGGAUGGAGAGCCUGGAGGACAAAUCCCCCCAUGAGACCCUGGUGGGAGAGGCCGUUUUGAAGGGCUCCCCGGCGCAGGAAGGCAGCGGGGAGGAAAAGGGCCGGAGAUCCCCCCACAGGAGGGGCUCCAAAGCCAUCCCAGGGUGCUCUGAGGAGGAAAGAGCCAGCUUGUGUCGGGAAGGCGGCUGGAGCUUGAGGGGGAGCUCCGACUUGGUGGUCCCUGAGCAGCCUCCCAGCAGGCAGAAGCCCUUCAAGUGUAUGGAAUGUGGGAAGAGCUUCAGGAAGAGCUCCAUCCUUAUCCGACACCAGCACAUCCACACUGGUGAACGGCCCUACAUGUGUGGGGAAUGUGGGAAAAGCUUCAACCAGAGCUCCCACCUCAUCAAACACCAGCGCAUUCACACUGGGGAACGGCCGUACACAUGUAGGGAAUGUGGGAAGAGCUUCAGUGUCAGCUCCAACCUCAUCCAACACCAGUGCAUCCACACUGGGGAACGGCCCUACAAGUGUUGGGAAUGUGGGAAGACCUUCAACUACAGGUCCAGCCUCCGCACCCACCAGCUCAUCCACACCGGGGAACGGCCCUACAAGUGCUUGGAAUGUGAGAAAAGGUUUCCGACCAGCUCAGAUCUCCUCGUGCACCAGCGGACGCACACGGAUGAGAGGCCCUUCCGCUGCACCGACUGCGGGAAGGGCUUCAAGCACAACUCCACCCUCAUCAUCCACCAGCGCAUCCACACUGGAGAGAGGCCGUACAAGUGUGGGGAGUGUGGGAAGAGCUUCACGCACAGCUCUGCCUUGACCAGACACCAACGGAUCCAUCGAUAAGAGAAGCUCUACCAGUGCCCCGACUGCAGGAAGAGCUUCAGACGCUGCUUCCACCCCGAAUGAAGCCCCUGAUGUUGAGGCAACCCCUGCAGUCCAGUGACUGUCAGUCCAUCCCUUUCGACCACAAAGGGCCAGUCCCCUUUCAAGGGAGCAGGUUCUUCCAACAGAACCCUUCUUGGGGGGUGUGUGGAGAUUCCUGCCUUGGCUGGGGACCCCCCAAGGUCACUGCUGGAGGUUGAGAGCAGAGAUCUCCCCACGAACAUUGGUCUGGGGGAGUUCCAUCCAUCUCUAAUUAAGAAUUAUUGCUUUUGUGCCAGCUUGAGUAGAAUUGCUUCAACAAUUGCUUUAGUGUAGAGCACUGUCCUAUGUUAUCCUCUUCUCCUGGUAGUUUUAGUGUUUGUAUUGUGCAGUAAAUAAUUCUGAUGAAGAUCUUUUGUCUGAUCAUUUGUAACCCUAAAUAAAUUCAUUUUUAUCAAUA